AUGAGGCAUGUGGGGAUGGAGUUGAGGAGGCUGGAGGAAAAUCAAUGGGUUGCUAACAGGAAGAAGUGCGAAUUUGGACGUGUUCAGAUAGGGUAUCUCGGACACUUGAUUUCUAAAAAAGGGGUAGAGAUGGAUCCAGGAAAAGUAAAUGAAGUGCUGGAUUGGGAGAGACCAAGGAGUGUGAAAGCCUUGAAGGGAUUUCUUGGGCUGACUGGGUAUUACCGGCAUUUUGUCAAGGACUAUGGAAAAAUUGCUAAGCCCUUGACCGACUUAUUGAAAAAGGGAGAGUAUAGUUGGACUGAACGGGCUGAAGAAGCUAUGUCUAGAUUGAAGAAAGCAGUUACUUCAGCCCCUGUGCUAGUGUUACCAGAUUUUGAUCAGCCAUUCACAAUAGAAUGUGAUGCGUUUGGAGGGGGAGUUGGAGCAGUGUUGACACAAGGCCGAAGAUCCAUAGCCUAUUUCAGUAAGGCCUUAUCGUAG